AAACAAGCCCGCAAAUAUGGAGAAGUUGACAACCAACACGACAACUAUACCAGGCUUAUCUAACAGGAUAAAUGUCCACGAUAUCGGCGCCAUCACAAAUUCAUCAUCAAACACCCCACUACUCAAGCAAAAUCUACUCUUCAUCAGCACACCAAUCGAGUUCGCUGCUACCUCCGACAAACAACACCUUCGAGAAGAUCUCAAGCUCAAUACAAUCGUCAACACACUCCCCAGACCAGGCGGCCCAUACUACACCCACUCUGGUCCCACCCUAGCAAAGAAGACCGAAGACUUUGCCCUCGAAGACGUAUUAGGUCUAACAUCCUGCCAUGGAAAUGACACCAUGGUCCNAAUUUGUAAUAUAACAAACAACCGUAAAGACCCGGCUCUACUGGAAAAAAGCAGAGAUUUACUCUGGAAACGGAGUAAUAUUGACGACAACACUUUGGUCCUCAUUGUAUCCGCCCCACUCGUAGCCAGACUAUUCAACGAGCUGCUGUGUAAACCUCACUUUUAUCCUCUACUCAUCAGUGGCGACCGCAUCAUCAGAGACCCUAGCUUGAUCAUCUUUCUCCUACUCUUGGUCCUCGAAACUCCCUUCUCGGUAAUCGAAACUGCGUAUAUGAGAAUCAGUGAAGGGCUGCCGUUCAGGAUUAAUGAGAAAAGUGAUGAUCAGUGGGAAAAAGAUGUUCGGUUUGAGGCAAGUGCUUGGAAGCAAGCAAGGCCACGGUGGGCAAGGGUGUUGAGGCAGCGAUUGGAAGGCAGAUAUGGUUCUGUGGAAGCGUAUUUCACUGCCAUUGGCGUGACGGAGGCGACGAGGAUUAGCAUCAAGGAUAUCUUGUUGGCCGGCGAGGCUAAAGAUCUCAUCGACUUUUCA